UGAUUUUUCUAUUUGUCUGUUUGUACACUACUUCUCUAGCUAGCUUUGUGUAUAUAUUUAACACCAUAGCUAGCCACCACAUGAACCAGAGUAGCAGAGAAAAUUAACAAAAUUAAACAUCAGUAGAAAUGGAAGGAAGAAACUUCCUUAGAUAUAUUUUCUUUCUCAUGAGCAUAAUCUUACUCUUAUUUUUCACCUUUUUAAACUUACCAUCUCCUCUUUCUCACACAGCUGAGUUAUUGGACUGCACCACUUACUCCCCGUGGUGCAGUUCAAGAAAACCUUUUUUUCCCCUAAAUUCCAGGAAAGACAAAAAACACGCGGAUUUCCCAAAUCACCCUUUAGACCCACUAACCAUACAAGAAAUUCAAAAGGUGAAAAAAAUUAUUAACUCCCUCGAGGGUUUUAAAAUAAAGGGUAGUUAUGUACUUCAUUCUGUGGUACUUGAAGAGCCAGAGAAAAAAGUGGUGUUGAAUUGGAGAAAAGGUCAACGGCUUCCGUCGAGGAAGGCGUCGGUCAUUGCACGUGCUCACGGUGGUGUGCACGUGCUCACCGUGGACAUUGCGACGGGUCGUGUGACCCGCCGUGAAAUGGAUCAUCUUUCGGGUUAUCCGAUCUUGACGAUCGAGGAUAUGAUCACGGCGAGAGUUGCCCCACUUGGUAACUCUGAUUUUAACCGUACGAUUAUCCAGCGUGGCGUUGAUUUGGCUGAUCUUGCUUGUUUGCCUAUCUCCACUGGUUGGUAUGGAAAAGUUGAGGAGAAAAGGAGAGUAAUUAAAGUACAGUGCUACACAAUGAAGGACACAAUUAAUUUCUACAUGAGACCCAUUGAAGGACUAACAGUACUUCUCGAUUUAGACACCAAACAAGUUAUAGAAAUUUUAGAUGAGGGAAAGAACAUACCAAUACCAAAGGCCGCCGACACAGACUAUCGUUUCUCUACUCAAAAAAACACACAAGCGCUAAACUUACUAAAGCCAAUAUCUAUCGAACAACCAAACGGUCCAAGUUUCACUAUAGAGGAUAACCAUAUAGUGAAAUGGGCAAACUGGGAAUUUCACCUCAAACCCGACCCGAGAGCCGGAGUGAUUAUAUCCCGGGUCAUGGUCCAAGACCCGGAUACGGGGAAAAUGAGAAAUGUUAUGUAUAAAGGGUUUACGUCGGAGCUUUUUGUACCGUAUAUGGAUCCUUCGGAUGCAUGGUAUUUUAAGACGUAUAUGGAUGCUGGAGAAUACGGGUUCGGGUUACAAGCUAUGCCACUUGACCCGUUAAAUGAUUGCCCACGUAAUGCAUAUUAUAUGGAUGGUGUGUUUGUGGCAGCUGAUGGAACGCCAUAUGUUCGUUCGAAUAUGAUUUGUGUGUUUGAAAGCUAUGCUGGUGAUAUUGGAUGGCGACACGCUGAAUCUCCCAUCACUGGUUUGCCCGUAAGUGAAUUAUAAUACUCUUUUAGGGUAAUUUCAAGUAAUCAGUAACGGAGUUAGAAAUUUUACUAAUUAAGAGGUAUAAAAAAUAAAUGCACAUAAAAAUAAGAAGAGUCAACGUAUAAUAUAUAUACAUAAAAAUAAUUUUAAACAAUAUAAUUUUUCGAUGAAAGGAUGUUAAUCUAAGCAUAAGGUGGCAUCGCCACGGCAUGUAAUAUCAUUGGACCUUCUGGAAUUUUUUGUCACAGUAAAAUAACUGAACCAUGUAUUUAAUUGUUCAAAUUAAAGAAUAUAAAUGAUAAGAUCAAAUUCCCGGCAUCAGGUUAUGACGUCACUGAUCUUGCCAAUUCUUUGCUACUCUGUAAAUUUUAUGUUAAAGAAUAAAAAAUGAAUUC